AUGUUGGUAGCAAAAGAUGAGGCCCUUGUCGAAGCGCUAUCCUCAGACACCAAGAUCGAUUAUCCACCCCCUCCAUAUUAUCUCUUGAACCAAUACCAUUCCAAACCCAGCAAAAUCAGGGUCGCUGGAGCAGGAGCGGGCGCGACGGGGAUAUGUCUAGCGUACAAACUCGAACGACUGCUAGAGCAUGGGACAUUCGAACUCACUCUCUACGAGAAGAACCCACACUUUGGAGGCACCUGGUGGGAAAAUACGUACCCUGGAGUUGCUUGCGACAUUCCUGCUCCGAUGUACACCUACUCGUUUGAUCCGAACCCGAAUUGGUCUCAUUACUUCGCUUAUGGAUCUGAGAUCCAAGAAUACUUUGAAGAUUUCGUAAGGCGAUAUGGUAUAGAGAAGUACAUGAAGUUGAGCACCAAAGUGGUUGAGAUCAAUUGGGAUGCAAACCAAGGCAUAUGGAACAUCGUGGUCGAGGAUCAGAUUACAAAAGAGAUACGGCAUGACUGGGCGCACGUGUUCGUCAAUGGAACAGGACUUCUCAACACCUGGAAGUGGCCUGAGAUUGACGGCCUGUUCAAUUUUAAAGGUGACUUAAUGCAUUCGGCGAAAUGGAACCACGACGUAAACUUCGACAACAAAACUAUCGGAGUCAUAGGCACUGGCAGCACCUCCGUGCAGAUAAUCCCACAAUUGCAGAAGGUAGCCAGGAAGGUCAAAGUAUUCAUGAGGAGUCCAACUUGGAUCAGCCCGCCUUUCGGCACAGGGCCUCUCAGCGCUUUACGGAAGGGUGAGGAGGUGAGUCUUAGUACGAGGCAAUAUAAAUUCAAAGAAGAGGAUAAGCAACGCUUCCGCGACGACCCCCAGUACUUUUUGCAAUUCCGCAGAGAGAUCGAGGCCGAGAUCAACGUCAUGUUUGAGAUGUAUCACCAAGGUUCGGAAGUGUCCGAAAAUGUGAAGAAGCUCAUCGAUGGGUACCUCGAGGCCUUGGUCUCACCGAACGUCGAACCUGUCUACGGGGAGGUUGACCACAUUUCAGAGAAGGGGGUCGUUGUGGAUGGCCGAGAACAUGAGAUGGACAUCUUGGUGUGCGCGACAGGUUUCCACCCUGCUUUCAAACCUCCGUUCAAAGUCUUCAAUGGCAAGACGACUCUGGCCAAUGAUUGGGGCGACGGAUGCAAUUUGUAUCUGGGCAUUGCGGCACCUCGGUUUCCAAACUACUUCACCAUCGCGGGGCCCGGCUCUACUUGGAGUAAUGGCAGUCUGAUACCUGGAAUCGAAACAUCGAUCGAAUACGUCAUCAAGCUAAUGAGCAAGAUCCAGAAAGAGGGGGUACUGUCGAUUGCUGUGAAACAAGAUGCGACGGAUGACCUGUAUCAGCAUUUCGAUGAGUUCCACAAGCAUACCGUGUGGCAAGAAGAAUGCCGAAGCUGGUAUAAGAAUGGCAAACUGAAGAACAGGAUCUACUUGUGGCCUGGGCCGACGAUCCACUACCUGAAAACAAUCAAAGAGCCGAGAGUCGAAGACUAUGAAUUCAAGUACAGAUACGGGAAUCGGUUUGCUUUCCUGGGCAAUGGGACCGUAAAAGCGAUGUUGACGAAAGACGUUGACGGUCUCAGGCCGUACGUUCGCAACUCGGACACUGAAUGGGAUAUUGAAUAG